ACUCAUAGAGAUGCAGUGCAGGCUCACACUACAGGAACUGUCUUUUUAGUUAUUUUGUUUUUUACAUUAUGUCCAAUUUACAAUGAUUGGGACGAUGGAGAAAAAUAUGGCUAUUCCUUUUAUUGUUCUUUUGUCUUUUGUUUGUUAUCUCCCUACCUCAGCAGUCUCCAUAAAAAAUGAGGCAAAAAACAGGUGCGAGGAAAAGAACCUUCUAACAAUAAAAACAGAGUGUAUGUCAUGUACCCUAAAUGCUGCUGUAAACUGUUCUGAAGGCUAUAAGAAAGCCAGCCAGGGGAGUGGACAAAGAGACUGUCGGUAUUUUCUGGAAAUACGUUCAUACAGUCUCUCACUUCCUGGAUGUCGACAUCUAUGUACAAAAGUAGAAACUCAGCCAAAGUGUUGUUCUGGGUACUGGGGGCCUGAAUGUAUGGAGUGCCCUGGUGGGGCUUCAUCCCCUUGUAACGACAGAGGUAUAUGCGCCGAUGGGAUGGGUGGCAAUGGGACCUGUAUUUGUCAAGAAAAAUUUGGUGGAACAAACUGUGAGAAAUGCGCAGAUGAUGACACGUAUGGUCCGGACUGCCGAUCUGUCUGUGAUUGUGUGCAUGGUAUUUGCAACAGUGGGAUUAAUGGAGACGGUAAAUGCUCGUGCUUCUCUGGUUAUAAUGGGCCUAAGUGUGACCAGCCAUUACCAGACUGUGCUGUACUGAACUGCAAAGGAAACAAACGAUGUACAAUGUCAAGUUCAGGUGCUCUUGAGUGUAAAUGCUUACCAAAUUACGAAGAGAAAGGCUCAACAUGUGAACCUAUUAAUCCAUGUUUGAAGAAGGUCUGUGAUGCUGCAGCUUAUUGCACAUAUGUGGGUCCUAAUAAACACACAUGUACAUGCAAGGAGGGCUACAGAGGUGAUGGUAAUGUGUGUUUACCAAUUGACCCCUGCCAGGAAAACUUUGGAGAUUGCCCCACAGCAUCAUCGAUUUGUAAAUAUGAUGGACCUGGACAGUCUCACUGUGAAUGUAAAGAAGGCUACAGUAACUUUCAGCUUGGAAUUGGAUGUAAUUUGACUGAUGUAUGUGCCACUAAAAACACAUGCAGUAAAAAUGCCAACUGCACUACCAUCUCUCCUGGGCAGAUUGAAUGCACAUGCAAGAAGGGUUAUGUUGGUGACGGACUUAUUUGCUAUGGAAACAUUUUAGAGCGUAUGAAAGAAAUUAAUAAAGAACCAGGACAAUGGCAAGGAAAGCUAUCCGCUGCCAUCACAUUGUUUGAUGCUUAUUCUUGGCAAUUAUCUUCACUGGGGCCAUUCACUGUCUUGGUACCUAUAAACAAAGGGAUCAAAGCAAGAGAUAUAAAAAACCUUAUUGCGAACAAAGAGAACAUGCUGUACUUUAUCAAGCUGCACAUGAUCGCUGGCCAGCUGAAUGCUGAAGAUUUUAACACCACAGAUUUAAUUUACACACUGACUGGAAAAUCAGGGGAAGUGUCUGCUGGAGAGGCGGAUAAUGAGCUUAAAAUAAGAAUUCGCGGAAGCAAAAAAAGAGGCACAUUUCUAGCAAAAAAUUUAAUAGCAUCCAAUGGAAUCAUACACAUUAUUGACAAAGCGAUGGAUUUUGUGGAGCCAACUUUGGAAAGCAACACAAAAGAAACAAUCAUGGAAAUCCUGCUAGAAAAUGGUAGAUACAAUCGUUUCAGGUCUCUGUUGGAGAAAUCUAACCUUGGACCUGACUUAGAGAAGGAUGGGCCUUAUACUGUGUUUGUUCCCAACAAUGAUGCACUUUCUGGAAUGGAGAAUGGGACUCUGGAAUACCUGCUGUCGAGAGAGGGGUCCUGGAAACUUUUAGAACUUAUGAGAUACCACAUUGUCUCAUCCGCCGAGCUGGAUGUUGCGAAUAUCAUAUCAUCCUCUCAGAUUAUGAGUAUGGCAAACCAAAUGAUCCAGUUUAACACAACCAGUAAUGGACAAAUCUUAGUGAAUGGAGAAGAGGUUGAAGAAGCUGAUGUUGCUGCAAAAAAUGGGCGCAUUUACACACUUGAUGGUGUUCUCAUUCCACCCUCUAUAUUGCCAAUUCUGCCUCAUAGAUGUGAUGAGAAUACAUAUAAGAUAAUACUUGGAACGUGUAUCUCCUGUUCUUUGGUCCUCUUCAGUAAAUGCCCAGAGGGAUCAACAACAACAUCGCUUUUUACACACAAAUGUUUCUACCGAAAUUCUAUUAUGGGGAGUGAUUAUCCCAGAAUUGGCUGCUCUAGAUACUGCAAUGCCACUGUUCCAGUUCCUAAGUGUUGCAAAGGGUUCUUUGGCCCAGAAUGCAAACCUUGCCCUGGUGGUUUCACCAACUCCUGCUUUGGAAAUGGAGAGUGUAUGGAUGGUAUGACAGGCAGUGGCAUAUGUGUUUGUGAUGAAGCAUUCACUGGACCCGACUGUCGCCGUUGUAAGGACAGCAACAUGUAUGGACCUCGAUGUGAUACAAAAUGUAACUGUCUCCAUGGAAGAUGCAAUAACCAUAUAGACAGUGAUGGUAGUUGUCUGACCGCAUCCUGUACCAGCGGAUAUACAGGAAGAUUCUGUGAUAUGAAAACUACUCCCUGCGGACCCCUUGUAACCUACUGCCACGCUCAUGCUGAAUGUGAAUAUAGCAAAAAGACACCCAACUGUGUAUGUAAACCAGGAUUUGAAGGAGAUGGAUUUCACUGUAAAGAAACAAAUCCUUGUCUUAAUUCUGAAAAUAGGCUUUGUAGUGUUAAUGCUGAGUGCAUUCCAUUGGGGUCAGGCGCUCACAAGUGUGUAUGUCGGACGGGAUGGACAGGCGAUGGGCUGGACUGCUCAGAGAUCAAUAACUGCCUACUUGAAAACAAAGGAGGAUGCCAUGUUAAUGCAACCUGUGUGUACAUUGGCCCUGGGCAGAGUGACUGUGAGUGUAAUAAGGGAUUCCGGGGUGAUGGAAUUCAGUGUGAGGCUGUGAAUACUUGUUUAGAAGAGAAGGACAAGUGCCAUGCUCUGGCCACGUGUAAAAAAGCAAUCUCGGGAUUCUGGGAGUGUGUGUGCAAUGAAGGAUAUCAAGGAGAUGGGAAAAUAUGUUAUGGUAAUGUUGCAGAUGUGAUCGCCUCACUCCCAGAAGGUUCAGAAUUUCAUAAAUGGACUGAAGAUCCGGCUAUAAGAUCGUUGAUUUCAUCAUCUUCCAAUGUGACUGUGUUCGUCCCUUCACAAAAAGCAUUUGAAAGUAUGAGUGAGCAAGACAAAUCAUACUGGAUGAGGAAGGAUAAAAUGCCAAUCUUACUAAAGUAUCAUAUAUUGCCCGAUGUCUUCCGAUCUGAUGACAUAAAGAAUCUAUCUUCAUCUGACAUGUUGGCCACUGCUCUUAAAAAUAACUUUCUCAAACUUUCUAAGGAUAAUGGGACUGUUACAGUUGGUGGUGCUAAAAUUAUUGCUGGUGACAUAGCAGCUGUGAAUGGAGUUGUGCACCUUGUUGACAAGGUGUUGACCCCAGAACCACUCCUUGCUGGUGUAAUGCCGGACCUUAUGACAAGACUUGAUCAGAUGCCAGAUUAUUCAAUCUUCCGUGGAUACAUCAUUGAAUAUAAACUAGCUAAUGUGAUUGAAGAAUCAGAGACAUACACAGUAUUUGCCCCUCAUAAUGAUGCAAUCACUACUUACAUUCGCAACAAAGGCCAAGCUACUCUGGAUGAAAAUACCAUGCGAUACCAUAUCAUAUUGGGUCAGCAGCUGAUGAAGAAUGACAUGCAUGAAGGCAUGCAUCGGGAAACCUUGCUGGGGUUCUCAUAUCAAAUUGGAUUUUUUAUGCGUAAUGGAGAGCUCGUUGUGAAUGAUGCACCACUGAACUACACCAAUGCAGCAACUGACAAGGGAGUCAUUCAAGGGAUAGGGAAAGUUUUGGAAAUCCAGAAGAACAGAUGCGAUAACAAUGAUACAGCAGUUUCUCUGAGCAAAUGUGGUGACUGUUUAUCUGUAUUAUCAAUAUGUGAGUCAAAUGCAAAACCAGUGCCUAGUGUAAGAAAACCUUGUGUUUACUCAAAGUACAGCCUGCGAAAGAAAUUCUUAUUUAUUGGAUGUCAGACCCUCUGUGUUAAAACUGUAAUUACCAAGGAGUGCUGCUCUGGAUUCUAUGGCCAACAAUGCUUGUCUUGCCCAGGCAAAGCUGGAAACCCAUGCUUUGGAAACGGAGUAUGCCUUGAUGGUUUUAAUGGCACUGGAGUAUGUCGGUGUGAGGAGGGUUUUACUGGAACUGCUUGUGAAAGCUGUGUAGUAGGGAAAUAUGGACCACGAUGCGACCAAGCUUGUGCCUGUGUCAAUGGAAAAUGCAGUGAAGGGAUAACUGGCGAUGGCAGCUGUGCGUGCAAUGUUGGCUGGAGAGGAGUUAAAUGUGACACAGCAAUCACAGAGGAUAAAUGCAAUAAAGCCUGCCACACCAGUGCAAACUGUCUUGAGAAAGCAGGUGGAACUGCUUACUGCCAGUGUGCCUCUGGAUUUCAAGGAAAUGGCACCAUGUGUACAGUUAUUGAUGCCUGUGCAACUAGCAAUGGCGGGUGUUCAGCAUUUGCAGAAUGCAGAAAGACAACACCAGGAGACAGGAACUGUGUCUGUAAACAGGGCUAUACCGGAGAUGGCAUUGUGUGUCUUGAGAUUGAUCCAUGUGUGCUAAAUAAUGGUGGAUGUGAUCAAAAUGCUGAAUGUACCAAAACUGGUCCAAAUCAGUCUGUCUGUAAUUGCUUGCAAGGAUAUAAUGGAGAUGGUCAAAAAUGCAAGCCUAUAAAUCCAUGUUUAACUAAAAAUGGUGGUUGUAGUGAGUAUGCUACAUGUAACCAUACUGGUCCAGCAGAAAGAACUUGCACAUGCAAAUCUAGUUACAUUGGAGAUGGAAUUAUCUGCAAGGGCAACAUCUAUGAGGAACUGCGGAAAAACACCAACACAUCCAAUUUUUUCUAUUUACUGCAGGCAAAUGUUCUUAACGAGCUUUCAACAACUGGCCCUUUCACUGUGUUUGUUCCCACCAAUGAUGCUUUGAAGAAUGAUCCACGGACUAACGAGUGGACUAGUAAAGGGAUGAUGGAGCAAGUUCUUUUGUAUCACAUUUUGUCUUGUGCCCAGCUCACCAAGGAAGACCUCUCAACAAUGACAUCAUUUACUUCCCUGCAGGGUGAAAAAGUAACAGUAGCAUCUUCCCAGAAUACUUUAGUCCUGAAUGGAGAUGCCAAAUUAGCAUCAGGGGAAGAAAUGAUUGUCCUAAAUAAUGGCGUGGUGCACUUAAUUGAUAAAGUUCUUGCUCCUAAGAAAAUGCAACAGAGACCUACCACAUCAUAUGAUAUCCUCAAAAAUGUUGCAGAAUCUAAUGGCUACAAUACAAUCUUUAAAUUACUACAGGAUGCUGAGCUAAUGAAACUUAUUGAUGAUCCUGUACAUCGACCAGUAACAUUGUUCCUGCCAACAGAUGAGGCAAUAAGAGACCUGCCCCAAGAGCAAAGAGAUUUUCUUUUCAAUAAUCAAAACAAAGAUAAGCUUAUACAAAACUUGAAGUAUCACAUUGUCAGAGAUGCCGGGGUUACAGCUAAUGACCUCAUUAUUAGGGGCUCAAUAAAGACACUUCAAGGUUCUGACCUUAGUGUAAAAUGUGGAGACAAGGAUUCUACAACUGGGGAUAUUUUCAUGGACAAUAGACAGUGCAAGAUCAUCCAGCGACAGCUUCUUUUCGAUGGAGGAAUAGCUUAUGGCAUUGACUGCCUCCUUACACCUAUUAGUUUGGGUGGACGAUGUGACAGCUUAGUUACUAUGGAUAUGUCUGGUGAUUGUGGUAUGUGCUUUAACGUUCCAAAGUGCCCAUCAGGAAGCAAGCCCAAGGGCCAGAAAACCAAAUGUCAGUAUGAGUUAAGCUCCAGGCGGAGUAUACAGGGCUGCCGCCAGGAAUGUUCCAUGGUACUGUGGAUGGCCAAAUGCUGUAAAGGAUACUAUGGAAGAGAUUGCCAAGCCUGUCCUGGGAGCCCUGAGAUCCCAUGUAAUAAACAUGGAACAUGUGAUGAAGGAUAUACUGGCACUGGAGAAUGCAGAUGCAGCCCUGAAUUCAAUGGAACAGCUUGCGAGCUAUGUAUGCCAGGGAGAUAUGGACCAGACUGUAAACUCUGUGACUGUACGGAAAAUGGGCAAUGUGACGAAGGCAUCACUGGAAAUGGAGAGUGCUCCUGUAAGAGAGGAUGGAUUGGAAAACGCUGUGAAACUAAAUUAGAUUUGCCUCCAGUCUGUACACCUCCAUGCAAUAGAGAUGCUGUGUGCAAGAGGGAUAAAACCUGUGAGUGUAAGAAGUUCUAUGAAGGUGAUGGAAGAACGUGUAAAGUGAUAAAUCUGUGUCAGGCAAAUAAUGGUGGCUGUGAUAAGAAUGCUAAGUGCUCACAAAGUGGUGUGAAAGUGACUUGCAGCUGUCUGAAAGGAUACAGUGGAGAUGGAACUGUCUGCACACCCAUUAACCCAUGUGCUGAUGGACUAAACGGCGGGUGUCAUGAACAUGCCAUCUGUACCAUAACUGGACCGGACAAACGUAAAUGUGAAUGCAAAGACCAAUACAUUGGAGAUGGUGUAACCUGUGAUUUGAAGGAAGCAGCCAUUGACAGAUGUAUGCAAGAUAAUGGACAAUGUCACACGGAUGCAUUAUGUGCUGAUUUACACUAUCUAGAUACAAAGGUUGGAGUAUUUCACUUACGAUCUCCCAAAGGAACCUACAAAUACACUUACAGUGAAGCUACACAAGCUUGCAAAGAUGAAGAUGGGACCUUAGCUACAUACAAACAACUAGCCUAUGCUCAGCAGGCUAACUACCAUUAUUGUGCAGCUGGGUGGCUUGCUGAAGCAAGAGUGGGAUAUCCUACAGCCUUCCCCAAUCCAAACUGUGGAUCUGGAUAUGUUGGUAUUGUGGACUAUGGGGUUCGUACUAAUAUGUCUGAGACAUGGGAUGUUUUCUGUUACAGAUAUAAAGAUGUGCAGUGUACCUGCAAGCCUGGCUAUGUGGGAGAUGGCUACCAGUGUAAUGGAAACCUGCUUCAAAUGCUCAUGUCCUUCCCCGAGUUCUCAAACUUCCUUCUGGAAAUCUUCAAAUACUCCAAUUCAUCAGUGAAAGGCAAAGAGUUUGUAAGCUACCUCAGUGACCUGUCCAUACAAGCAACCCUUUUUGCCCCCAGUAACGAUGGCCUCAAUGAGAAUAUGACUCUUUCUGGACGUGAUAUAGAAUAUCACAUUGCAAAUGUCAGCACAGUAUUUUUUGUGGACCUCAGUAAUGGAACAUCACUUCAGACACGUCUAGGUGACAAACUCCUUAUUUUGUUUGGCGACACCUCCUCAGAUACCCAAACCAAGGACCAAACAAGAUAUGUAGGAGGAAAGCGUAUAAUACAGUGGGACUACAUUGCUUCAAAUGGAAUAAUACACACCAUAUCUGAACCAUUGAAAGCCCCUCCUACACCAAUAGCCCUACAUGCUGGCCAUGGAGCAGGCAUAUUUUUUGGCAUCGUCUUCAUCGUUGGUUUACUGGCAUUAGCAAUCUACGCCUAUAAGAAGAAGUUCAACAGAAAGGAUUUCCAGUUCCAGCAAUUUCACGAGGAUGAAGAUAAACCCUCUGUGUCCGUGUCUGAGUUUGACACAGAACCAUCAUCAAACAUUGCAAACCCUAUGUAUGAAAGUGCCACAACAGCUACCACUCCAGCUGAGCCCACAUCAGAUUCAGUUUAUCAUCCAUUUUCUGAUUCGGAUGAUCAGCAGCUAGUAUCCUUUAGUGGGCGAACCAAAUAAAGAAGAAACAGAUAGUGUAGCAUUACAUAUAAAACAAUAACAACAGUUUUGUCCUUGUAAAAUAAGACAUUUGUAGUAAUCCUCUGAUGCCAAACAACAGAAGAAAAAGACAUUUGUAAUCUAAUAUCUGCCGUCUCAUUCAUUUUCUGAAUGUACAGUUUCCUGCCUCCAGAAGAACUGAGCCUUGCUCUGGGGCAGUUCAUCAAAUUACUGGCUCUUUUUGCUGUGAAAUUGUAAAUAAAAUGUUUUAAUGUC